AUGGAGAGCGUGAAUAUAUCGGAACUUGUCGAACGGCUGGGGAGCGACGAAGAUGCGGUGCGCAAGAUGGCUGUGUUCAAGCUGCAGUCGAACAUAGGGGACCCUUCGUUCGCGGACAUCUUCAUCGCAGAGGGAGGACUGACCAAGCUGAAGUACCUCUCGCUGACGGCCUCGGGGAACACGCUCGCAUACAGUCUGACCUCGUUUGCGAGGCUGCUGGAAGUCGACAAGGGAUGGGAGUUUGUACAGACCGAUCUAAUCGAGAGAAUUGUCCAGCUUAUCGUCACUCACCCACUUGUCAAUAUCCUUCGAGGCGCAAUGUCUAUACUCGUUUCCAUCGUGUCGCACCCUCAUACCUCUGGCCGCGCCUCGGUACCAGGCAUGUUUGGCUUCCAGGCCCUCAAACCGGCCAUCGCCAUCCACCCACAGUUCCUAGAGAUGCUAGUCAGGAGGCUGUCGUCUGCCGACCACGCUCUGUGCGCCAAUGCGCUGCAACUAAUCAAUUCGCUGAUGAGAGACUCGAUAUCAAACCAGGGCGAGAACGAAUGGCCCAAGUUUAUCAAGCGGCUACAGGAUCUAGGUGUCAUUCGCGCUGUAUAUGUACUUAUGCAGGGGAGCGCGCUGCAGGAUCUAGCCCACCCGCUCAUCGAGUUUCAGUCCCUUACAAAACUCCUACUACGGAAAUGGAGAGAGGUACCCGUUGAACUGGAGAGAUCAGAGCACCGUAGGGCGCUAAAGGGGAUCCACCUGGCUAGCAACCCCGAGCGAUCAGAGAAGGAUUCCGCUGGUGCGAAGGAAAAGGAUGCUGCUGAUCCCAAAGCUGGAGAUGGUGUUACUCUGCCUCACAAGUCGUCUAAAAGGCAUCAUCCACACAAAUGGCGCCGGCUUGGAUUCGAAUCUGAAAGCCCCCAGUGGGAGUUCCAGGAAAUGGGAUUCCUGGGCAUGAUGGAUUUGACCGAUUAUGUCCGGAGAUACCAAGAUGAAUUCCAGAAGAUGCUCCUCGAGCAGUCUACUCGACAGGUCGAGCAAAGGUGUCCCAUUGCUCGAGCUUCUCUGGCCGUGACCUCUGUUUUGUACGAGCAUUUCGAAGUCGACAAGGCCGAGAUAGAUGAUCCAAAGAGCUACCUCGCUCUCGAAGCCAAGACGAACUUCGAUAAGAUGUUCAAGCCCAUUCUCCUUCAUUGGCCUAGACUGCAUGUUGCUGGUUUACACGCAUUCUUCCGACUCUGGAAAUCCACCGCCGCCGAAGUCGAAGACUUCACAAAGAUAGUCGAGUUGGUUCGGAUACUCGUCGAAAGUGUCAUUGGCGGUGCUUCGCGCACUAAAGAUGUGCUGGAGGUUGAAGAGGAGAUGGCUGAUUUUGAGUAUCAGCGCCUCAGAGAGCUUCAGAUGGAGCUGCUAGAGCUCACAUAUGAAGAUGUAUGGGGCCAGCAUCUGCACCAGGUCCGGGAGGAGCUGCAUCAUGAAGCAUUGCAGUUCGUCAAGGAGCAACGUGUCCGGUGUUUGUUGCAAGGCGCUUGGUUCCCAAAUGCAGAGUCCAGCUCGAAGGCUACGGCUGAUACCAAUGGAGCAGCGGACAAGCGAGGGGCGUCAACGUAUCACAGAUACAUCCAGCUCUCCCAUAACAGAAGAUUCUUGCAUUAUGGAGACUUUGAAUCUACGGGUGACGACUUCAAGCCUGAGCUGGAGUCUCUAUCUAAUAAAAUCGAUCUGAGCAUCGUAUCUUCCGUGGUCUCCAAUGUCUCAGCCUCCCCUGAUGAUUCCUCUGGUUCGACUAUCAAAACGCUUCCCCAUACAGCCAGCGGAUCAACCAAAAUCACCAUUCACGGUCUGGCCAAACCCACUCCUCCACCACAACCCUAUGAAUCGCCGAUUCUCAGAACAGAGACCAGGGAUACUGAAUAUCCCGAUGACGACAAACAAGCACAGAAUGAAGUCGUGCUGCUCACUCUUUACCCUCAGUCACACAGCAUAGCAUCCGAAUGGCUGGACGGUCUACUCAUGAUCCUCAACCAGCAACCCAUAACGGCAGAAACAAACAAGCUUAUCAAUCUGAUCAGCAACUAUGGACUGAAAAUUAGACUGCUGAAUGUCCGCUUUGACGAUGCUGCUUUUACCGGAGACUGCCCUGAAGUCCCUAGCAGGGAGGGUCUGGACGAAGACUAUUAUUAUGAUAUAUUUGGAGGAAACUGA